AUGAGGACGUCCGCUCUCUUCGCGCUCGGUGGCGGCGCAAUCGCUGUCUUAGCGCAAGUUCAUCUACCCUUCUCCCAUCAACCUCAGCUGAAGGCUAGUGCCAAUAUCGAAACAAGGGACUCAGCCGGUCGCCGAUCUGUUUCUGUCGCGGAUGUUUACGUGACGGAUUGGAAUUAUUUGGUCAACGUCACUGUCGGCACACCGCCACAAGACGUCUCCAUGAGAGUUUCUGUACAGGCUGAGCACACUUGGGUUCCCAACGCCAAGUAUUGCGACUACUACAACUACAGCGACUAUUAUGAUUCUACUUCUACGAGGAGCUCCUACUACCUCGAUUCAUACUCGUGCAAAUACGGUGCUUUCCAGAGCAACGAGUCAUCCACCUACGUCAAUCCCGGCACCGAAGAUUUCAGUGCCAGGUACUCAGUUGGCCGAGCUCAGGGAGAAUGGAUUAGCGACACGUUGGGCGUGGCCGGCAGCCAGAUAUCUAAAAUGAUCAUGGGUUACGUUCAAUCGGCAGAUGUGUUGAUUGGUGUUCUGGGCCUGGGCUUCAACACCACCAGUGGUGCACAAUCCACCGCCAGCCCGAGCAGCACCUCGAAUUAUCCUACUGUUCCUGAACGCUUAUUACGAGAUGGCCUGAUUAGCUCCCCUGCCUACAGUCUCUGGCUGGACGACGCGUCGGCCAAGUCUGGAAAUCUUCUACUGGGCGCAAUCGAUAUCUCAAAGUUCGAAGGCCCUUUGAUCCGCUUCUCAGUGCGCACAAUAUCGGGGUGGUCAACGAAUAGGCGAUUUGAUACCUGGAUUACGUCCUUCAAUGGCAGCAAGUCAGAUGUAGAUGACCUACAGCCUCUUGGAGAAUCUUUGAGCCAAUCAACCGACCCAUAUGAUACCUCGAAUCUGGUCCUCCUCUCGCCAGAUGCUGCUUUGUCAGUGCUACCAGACGACAUAGCCAUAGCUCUCUGGGCUCUCGCUGGCGCUUCCUGGAACGAUGAUCUCGGCUACGCCAUCAUCCCCUGCGCGGCGGCGAAUACCACCACGGGACGUCUGGCCGUCCAACUUUACGGAUCGGACGGACCCGUCCUCAAUGUAGCUAUUGCCGACCUCGUGGUUUCUCAGGAUACCUGGUCUCACUCUGAGUGGUCUUGGGAGACCGAGUCGGCUUCCGAGUACUGUCUGUUUGGGGUCCAGUCAGAAAACUCUACCUCAACAUACACGUCUUCUUCCUACCCCUAUGGCUUGGGCAGCGCAUUCCUUAAGCAUUCCUACAUGGUUUUCGACCUUAUCAACGAAGAGAUUGCUAUUGCAAAGACGAAAUUUGGCAGCACACAGACGGAGGACCUAGUUUCGUUCUCGGCCUAUGGAGCCGAGAUCCCCGCGUCGACCAGUGUUGUGCCGGACUGGUGCUCAUCUUCGUCGUCUAAAUGUAGAACAAGUGACUCGGGCUCGGGCUCCGGGGGCGGAUCAUACGACGGCGGUACCACCUACAUGGGCGAUGGUUAUUACCCUGGACGUCUUCCCCUAGAGGCAAAUCUAGCCAUCGGUCUCAGUGUCGGCGUUUUCUGCACUCUGGUUUUGGGCAUGUCUAUCUGGGCCAUCAGACGAGGCCGCCGCAUCAGGAAGGCGCAGAGAGAGCUGGCUGAAAAGCAAGCCGACGUGCAACAAGGCGGCGAUACACGGGUCCUGGAUGGCGACGGCAAUGGCAGCAACGUGGAUCAAGAAGCCUCGUUUUCUCAACAUACGCCAGUCGCAGCGACUCGAGAUCCUUCUGUGACCGAUACAGCUGCAGAGCAACGUGCUACUGAAAUUGUGGGAACUGCCAAGUAA